AUGGCUACUUCGCAACCCAAGGUCUAUACUCUCGCGGAGGGCGCGCCUCUCCCUCGAAACGACACCAGUGUACAGGUCCUCACCAAACAUGGCGGAGGCCUGGUUCUCCUCCAAGACACCCAGUUGAUCGAAACGCUCGCGCAUUUCUCCCGCGAACGAAUCCCCGAAAGAGUGGUGCAUGCCAAAGCAGCCGGGGCCCGAGGCUAUUUCCAAGUGACCCACGACAUUUCCGACAUCACGGACGCCGACUUCCUCAACGGCAUUGGCAAGAAGACGGAAGUCCUGACACGAAUCUCGACAGUCGGGCCCGAGUCGGGUUCGGCAGACACAGUGCGCGACAUCCGCGGGUGGGCGAUCAAGUUCAAGACCAACGAAGGCAACAAUGACUGGGUGUUCAACAACCACCCGGUCUUCUUCGUGCGCGACCCGAUCAAGUUCCCUUCCAUGAACCGCUCCCACAAACGACAUCCGGCCACCCACUCCACGGAUCCCGACAUGUUCUGGGACUACCACGUCAACGCCCCCGAGUCGGUCCACGCACUGAUGUUUAUUAUGGGUGACCGAGGCACGCCGGCCUCUCUCCGCCACAUCAACGGGUACAGCGGACACACGUACAAAUUCACCAAGAAGGACGGGUCAUUCCACUAUGUCAAGAUCCACAUCCACGCCGACGGCGGGGUCAAGAACAUGCCGCCGGAAGAAGCGACCAAACUGGCCGGCAGCGACCCGGAUUAUCUGACGAUGGACCUGUACAACGCCAUCGAAGCGGGCAACUACCCCAGCUACACCGUGUAUAUCCAAACCAUCCAUCCCGCUGACGUCGCCAAAUGCCCCGUCAACAUCUUCGACAUCACCAAGACCCUGCCUCACGCACAGUACCCGUUACGGCCGGUCGGCAAGUUGGUGUUCGACAAGAACCCGACCAACUACUUCGCCGAGAUCGAGCAGGCCGCCUUCAGCCCGAGCACCAUGGUCCCGGGCAUCGAAGCCAGCGCCGACCCCAUGCUCCAGGCCCGCCUGUUCGCGUACCCGGACGCCGCCCGCUACCGACUUGGCGUGAAUUAUCAGAUGCUACCCACCAAUGCCGCCAAGGCUCCCGUCUACAUCCCCACCGAGCGGGACGGGUUCAUGAACUUCGGCUCCAACUACGGCGCCGACCCCAAUUACCUGCACAGCGCCAUUCAACCGACGUCAUUCCGCGCCCCGCCUGCCGCGUCGGAGUAUAAGCCUACGGAGGAUGGCUUGAGCGGGCCCGUCGUCUUCACCUACGAAACCACCGACGACGACUUCAAGCAGCCCCGUGCCCUGUGGAACAAGGUUCUUGCCCGCCAGGAGGGUGCGCAGGACCGGUUCGUCGCCAAUGUCGCCGGAAACGUUGCCUCUGUCAAGCGGGAGUGGUUGCGCGAAAGGGUUUUUGAACUCUUCCGCCGCGUCGACAACUCUUUGGGUGACAGGAUCGAGGAAGCCGUCAAGGAGAUCCUGAAAGCAUAA